UGUCUAUAGGCAGCUCGUGUCCACUCGCUUCAUACUCGUUGCAUGCUCUACUUCUACCAUCAUCCCACAUACAGUGAUAGGCACCAAAGAAGAGCACAGCACCUGCUCAGCCACCAUCCAGCAUGGAUGCGUUAAAAUCAGCCGGGAGGGCGAUUAUCAAAAGUCCGGGAGUGCCGCGGCACACAUGGGGAACCUCAAAGCAUGAAAAGCUCCCCGAGAACUGGACGGACACCAAGGAGACGCUGCUGGAAGGAAUGGUGUUCAAUGUGAAGUAUCUGGGUAUGACUUUGGUUGGCCAGCCGAAAGGAGAAGACAUGGCAGCAGCUGCCAUCAGGAGGAUUGUUACCACGGCUCGUGCCAGUGCCAAUGCCAAGAAGUUCAGAAAGGUGACCCUAACUGUAUCUCCUAAAGGAAUCAUCAUCUCAGACACAGAAACCAAUGACCUCAUAGAGGACGUUUCCAUUUACAGAAUAUCCUACUGCACAACUGAUAAAACUCAGGAUAAAGUCUUUGCCUACGUCUCCCAAAGCCAAUUCAAUGAAACUCUGGAGUGCCAUGCCUUCCUGUGCCAAAAAAAGAAAAUAGCUCAGGCUGUGACUCUGACAGUCGCACAAGCUUUCAAAGUAGCUCUGGAUCUGUGGGAGAUAGCACAAGAAGAUAAAAGUAAGAAAACUCGCACAUGUGAUUCCUGUUCAGAACGUGAAACGCAGCCAGAAUCAGAACCAAACAGUGUUUCAGAGGAAGACAAAACUCAGGCUUUGAAGGAGCACAAAUAUCGGAAACCCUUCUUCCCUGCCUUCCUCUCACCUUCUCCACGCAGCAAUACUAGGAGACGGCCAUUCAAUCAUGACUCCUGGGACGUGGAAGAAAGCCUCGAUGAUGCAUUUUCAAGCAGUAUGGAGGUGGAGGAGAUGGACGCAAGUAAGUGAGGCUGGCGACGUCCCGUAACAGAACCGUGUCUGAAGAUGCAGCAGUGAGUCCAGCAGAAGAUUCUCUAUCGUUCAGCAACAUCAACUCCAACUGAACACACAAACACUUUCUAGCCAGUCGAUGGAAAAGUGUCCUCAGCACUUGGACUGCAUACAAUACCACUGCCUUUGCAUCUUCAUUCAAAACACUACCAAACAAUACUUCUAAAAACAAGCAGCAUACAGUUAAUGUGCAUGAUUCAACUUUUUGAGCUCUUGAAUGCCAGUGUUCAUUGAAGACAGCACAACAUGCAUAAAAUAACAUGUUGUUACAUUGUAUUCAUGCAUAUAGAUUUGUUACAUUUAUUGGAAAACUCUAAAAAUGUCAAUGCAUUGGUGCUAUCUAUGGCCAGGGAAUAAUAAAUGGACACGUUUUUGAAAGGGAGACCUAAUAUACAUUCCAGCUGUCUGCCUUUCAGCCCAGCAUUCAAAGAUGUUCAGUCCUUGUUUGAUGUAAUGCUUAUCUUCUGCUUAUCUAAACACUCAUCAUAACAAUAAACUAACAAUGUCAACAAAGCUCUCAUCUGAAAGGUAGAUUGCAUGGCUUAUCCCGGUCGAAUGCUAGGCAAGCAGACAGAUGUCUAGAAUUUUUAUGGAUUGUUGAUAUUUACACACAAUGUUUGUAUUUUAAAGCACUGAAAUCCAAUGUCAUAUAUAAAAUCUGUGGGUCAGGGGAUGUUUGCUUAUUAUUAUUUUUGGAGGACUAUUUAUAGACAGGUUUCUAACAAAAGACUUUAAAUUAUUAUUUUUAUGUAUAUUUACUGUAUCUACAGUGUUUUAUCCUGUGUAAUUGUUGGUCUUGUCUUUUUAAUCUAGUGAAAUGAUUUGACUUUUAAACUUUGAAAUACAUGUAUAUGCAACUUUAUAUACUUAGGCAACUGAAGAUUUUUGUCAUACAUAAAACAUAUCAAAUGAGAUCAAAAUCAUAAUUUGGCUUUUUUAAACAUGAAAUAAAUGGUUACAAUCUAAACUAGAUUUCAAAUGUACAAACAGACAAAUAGAAAGCCAGUGAUGAUGGCAGAUUUGCUUAAAAACAGAAUUAAACCAAGAUCUAUGCAUAUGUUGGUAAUCCAGAGAAAAGUUUAUAAGAAUGGAUCAUGGUGACAAAAACAACACAAUUAUAAGAUGUGGAGGAGUUGUGUUACAGUAAAUUGUUUCAUUUCUUUAGUUUUCAUCUGUCACGCAUUCUUGUUUUACACCUCAGCUGAUGAUGAAAAGUGCUGACAACACCAAAGUCAAGGGUUUAAUUCCCUGGGAUACACAUUGAUCAAACUUAACAAUAACAUUACUGAUAAAAUGUGUACCUUCAUCCUCUGUCAAUUAGCCAAAUGCAUAUAUGUCUAUGUCGACCAAAUAAAAGUUGACCAAUUUUAUUUGGCCCUCUGAAAUGUAA